AUGGGUAGGGGCAGAACAACCUCAGGUACUGUCAUAGCUUGCCUUGUGAAACAUCGAAUUGAUUACGGGAGGCCUAUUAAAAUACUGGGAGAUGAUGUAAUCCAGGAAGAUGUGGAUGGAGGUUUCUCAAGUGGAGAUGAAGUUGGGGGUUAUGUCGGUGCCCCCAAUAAUUUGCAAACAAAGACAGAUGAAAAACAAAAGCAUGUUUUUGGUAUAAAUGACAUCCUCUUGUUAUGGAAGAUAACGGCAUUUUUUGAUAAUGGGGUGGAGUGCCGAGAGGCCUUAGAUGGUAUUAUUGAUAGAUGUUUUGCACUUCAAAACAUUCGCCAAGCUGUUCUAGAAUAUAGGAAAGUAUUCAAUCAACAACAUGUUGAGCAAAGGGUAAGGAGGGUUGCAUUAAAUCGUGGUGCUGAGUACUUGGAAUGGUAUUUCCGUCUUAUUGCUUUUGCAGCAUAUCUUGGAAGUGAAGCAUUUGAUGGGUUCUGUGGAGAAGGUGAAUCCAAAGUGUCAUUUAAGAAUUGGUUGCAUCAGAAACCAGAGGUGCAGGCUAUGAAAUGGAGCAUAAGAUUGAGACCUGGAUGA